AUGGACAGUGAGAAGUUGUUUGGACAAACUUCGAUUGCUGCAAUCAAAAAUCCUGCAUUAUUGAAUGAUCCUACUUUGAUAGAGGAUUAUUCAGAUUUGUUAUUGGAUCCUAGGGCAGCAAGAAAGAACAGAGAUGAAAGUAGUGUCUCUGGAAGCGUAGUUGUAACUAACUCCCUCACACAAGGGCAUGAUGUUGAGGAAGAGAGUGGGAAUGCAGAUACAGAGAAUGACGUUGCUUCCGCGCAGGAUAGUGAAACGUCAAGUGACUACUCCUCAGAUAGUGAUACAACUGGGCAUCUAAAUAUAACGACUAAUACUAACGACAUUUUGAAUGACGCUGCAAGCGUCGGUACGCACAAUAAUGAGGAAAAUGUGGGGAUGGACUAUUCUGAUUCAGACUUCGAAGAUAACUUGGAACAGCGCUUACUAGAGUUGAAUAGAAGUACUAGUGCAGGAUCUGAUGGUACUAGGGAUUCUAAUGAGAAUGAAGAGGGUGCUAUGUUGAAUGAUGAAGAUAUAGUUCAGGAAAAAUCGCUUGAUCUCUCGGAUGAAGAUGAUUAUUACAAAGAAGAUGAAGAUGAAGAGUACCAAUCAUUACCACCUCCAAGAGAACUAGAUCCAGAUAAGUUAUAUGCCUUAUAUGCCUUUAAUGGGCCAGACUCAUCACACUGUCAACUAGAUCAGGAUGAAGAUUGUAUAUUGUUGAAUGAUCAAGACGCAUAUUGGUGGUUAGUUAAAAGAUGUAGGGAUGGGAAAAUUGGAUUUGCCCCAGCCGAAAUAUUGGAGACAUUCCCAGAAAGAUUAGCUAGAUUAAAUUGCUGGAAAAAUGAAAAUAUGUCAUCUAAUAGUAAUGAAUCCAAUGUUUCUGUUACCGAGGAACUUUCUUUUAUCAGUGCCAAAGAAAAUAUCAAGAAGCGUGAAGGGGAAGAUUCAGAAGUACUGAAAAACUACCAAAAGGGUGACAAGUCUGUAAGUUUCAAUGAUAUUGUGAGUUAUGCUGACAGAUUUAUAGAGGAAGGAAAUAGUGAAGAGGAAUCAAUUUCUGAUGAUGAAAGUAGUGUAUCAAAUGAAAAAUCAAAGCAUUAUGACGAAUUCACAAGCAAGAACUUGCACUUCAAUGACGAUAUCAGCGAUGCUUGGAGCGACGUUUCAUCUAAUAGCGGGAGUCUGCAACCAUUGAAUAUAAAGAAGAGAAGGCAGCCCAAACUGGGUGAUAUUGAUGUGACACUAGAUAUACAGAACCAGGAAACUCUAGAAAUACCUCAGGAAGAUAGCCCAUCCAUAGAAGAUGUAGAUGAAAGUGAUGCUAAAACAGCAACCCCGAAAGGAAAAUCAGAUGAUCCUGUCGAUGAUAUCAAUGAUGACCAUACACUGUACAAGGUUUUUGAGGCGCCAACAGUACCCUUUGCAGGUACAUCAAAUGGAGCCAUGCAUAAUUCCAAUUCGAACUACUCUAUUUCUACCAUUGGUGAAUUCUCUCCCUCUUCUUCUGAAAUGACAAAUGAUUCUCCAAAACUUCAAGGCGGUGAUUUUGAAGAACCUCGUACAUCCAUACCUAAUUCGAGAGCGAUUCAAGAUAUUUCUACUUUUGUAAAGGACGAUCAUUCAGAAACUGAACGUGAAGCAGAAGCCCAAGAAGAACCAAGUGAUAUUGACGACCAGAUUGACGACACCAUUAUUAACAAUCCGGAGGAAGAAAUUCCUUCAAAGGAGGGAAGAGAUGAUGUAAAUGAUAAUAACAACAUUUUCAUCGCACAUAGCGAUGAUAAUUCCGUCCAAUCACCUUCUAGCGAGUGUUCGGAAGAGUUCAACAUGGAAUCACAACACAUCGCAUCAACUACGAGCAUUAACAGUAACAACUCUACAAAGCAACCAUUUCUUCUUGCUUCUACAAACCAUAUUGCUAGUGAACGACAUCCAACCAUUGAAAAUCUAUACAAUCCUAUUUUUGAUAGGAUGGACGAUUUAAUGAAAAGACUCGACAGUGUCAUGGAAAACUAA